AUGGGUAUAGUGCGGGCCGCGGACGAUGUGGAGGCCGGGGUGGUCGGGUCUGGCGGCGGCGGCGGCGGGGCCGCCAUGACGACGGAGCCGCUUCUCCGCCACUGCAAGGAGGACGACCAGGAGUCUAAGAUCCGGGGCAGCCCGGAGGCGGCGGCGUCCGACUGCGGCAGCGAGGGGCGGCCGGACCCGGACGCAGGCUCUCUGCGGAUGGUCCUUCUCUCCACUGCCGUCGCCGUCUGCGGCUCCUUCGAGUUCGGCACCUGCGUCGGCUAUUCUGCACCCACGCAGUCGGGGAUUGUAGAUGAAGUCGGGCUAUCAAUCUCUGAGUUUGCCAUUUUUGGAUCUAUAUUGACAAUUGGAGCAAUGGUUGGUGCUGUUACUAGUGGGCGCUUGGCUGAUUUUCUUGGACGAAAAAUGGCCAUGCGGAUAUCAGCUACUAUUUGCAUCUUUGGUUGGCUUUCUAUACAUCUGGCCAAGAGCGCUAUCAUGCUUUACUUUGGGAGAAUCUUACUGGGUUUCAGUACUGGAGUUCUUUCUUAUGUGGUGCCUGUAUUCAUAGCUGAAAUAGCACCAAAGAAUCUCCGUGGGGGUCUCGCAACGUCAAACCAGCUAUUGAUCUGUUCUGGAAGCUCAGCUACAUACAUCAUAGGAGCCCUAGUUGCAUGGCGCAAUUUGGUGCUUGUUGGUUUAUUGCCUUGUGUCCUCCUGCUAGCCGGGCUUUUCUUCAUUCCAGAGUCGCCCAGAUGGCUGGCAAAUGUUGGAAGGGAAAAGGAAUUCCACACUUCAUUGCAAAAGCUGCGUGGAGAGGAUGCUGAUGUAUCAGAAGAGGCAAUUGAGAUUAAAGAGUACAUUGAAUCACUCCGUGGCUUUCCAGAGGCCAGGCUUCAAGACUUAUUUCUAAGCAAAAAUAUAUAUGCUGUCAUUGUGGGUGUUGGCUUGAUGGUUUUUCAGCAACUCGGAGGGAUAAAUGGUGUUGGAUUCUAUGCAAGCUAUAUCUUCAGUUCUGCCGGGUUUUCUGGAAAACUUGGAACCAUCUUGAUUGGCAUUAUUCAGAUUCCAAUUACAUUGUUUGGGGCCAUCCUCAUGGAUAGGAGUGGAAGAAGGGUUCUCCUGAUGGUCUCUGCAUCUGGAACAUUUUUGGGCUGCUUCCUCACUGGAGUAUCAUUCUAUCUAAAGGCACAAGGACUUUUCCCAGAAUGGGUUCCCACAUUGGCUCUUUCUGGCAUACUGGUUUACAUCGGGGCAUUCUCGAUUGGAAUGGGUCCUGUCCCUUGGGUUGUCAUGUCUGAGAUAUUCUCAAUUAACAUGAAAGCAAUUGGUGGAAGCUUGGUGACCCUUGUUAGCUGGUUGGGCUCCUUCGCGAUUUCUUACUCGUUUAGCUUCCUUAUGGACUGGAGCUCUGCAGGUACCUUCUUCAUGUUCUCUGCAGCCAGCUUAGUCACUGUACUCUUCGUGGUGAAGCUGGUGCCUGAAACCAAAGGAAGGACACUAGAGGAGAUCCAAGACUCUCUAAACACCAGAAGAUAG